AUGCGAGCAAUUUUGGUCGAAGAAUUCGGUGACGCCAAUGUAUGUCAAUUAGCUGAAGAUGUACCUAUUCCUGAAGUAAAACCUCGAGAAGUAUUGAUUCGUGUACACGCUGCUGGUGUCAAUCCAGUGGAUACAUAUAUUCGAUCGGGUACAUAUUCUCGUCGACCUAAUUUACCGUAUAUUCCUGGAGCUGAUUGUGCUGGUGUUAUUGAACGAGUUGGUGACGACGUUACUAAGUUUGAGGUUGGCGAUCGUGUAUUCACAGUAAAGACUGUUACGGGCGCUUAUGCUGAAUAUUGUGUUGCUCAUUGUGAUUCUGUUUUUUCUUUACCAUCAAAUAUUUCAUUUGAAGAAGGUUCAGCUCUUGGUACACCCUAUUUUACUGCUUAUCGAGCACUUGUUAUCAAGUAAGACAAUGUUUAUGUACUUAUUAAAAGUAAUUGAUUGUAGUUUUUAUUUUAACUUUGAUGCACUUCGAUCAUUAGCUAUUGUCUUUUUAAGUUUCCUUUCAAAUAUGAAUAUUGUCUAGAAGAACGAGACAAUUACUUAUUUCAUCUGAAGAUUGAGGAGGAGUCAACACUGAUGAUCGUGUUAGUAGUGGCGGAAGAUAAGCUACUAUUAAUAAAUUUGAAAGAUUAGAAGAAGCUGCAAGAUUAGAUGAAGAAUGUGAGUGUGAGUGUAGGUCUUCUAUCACAGUUGACAUGGGAAUUCAGUUGAGUUUGGAAUGCAGUAUGAGUCACACGAUAAUUAAUGUUUGUUUACUAUGGUAUUCAACUUUGGUAAUUUUAGCGAAUCUAAAUGGCUGGUCGAGCUUCUAUGAUUUAUUUUGAAUUCUUUUAAAAUAUUUACAUAUAGAAAAUUUUCACUUUUAAUCAGUCCUAUUUAGUGACUAUUAAAAUUUUAUGAAUUUUAUUCAUCCUCUUAUAAUUCAUCGAUUGAUGUUCGGUGCUAUGGAACAUCCAAUCAAGAAACACAUUCUAUGUCUGUUUGUUUCUAAUUACAUAUAUUAUUCUGUUUUUCAUGUUAAUCUCUUACAAAAAAAUGAGCGGUUCUGAUUCUAACAUAAAAUCUUACAUUGAUAAACUUUCUUACAAUAAGUCUAUCGAAUAGAUAAUCAACAAUCCAUUUAUAGUCCAAUCAUUACUCAAUCAAUCGAAAGACAGAUUAACUGCUAUUCUAAAAACAUAAACCAUUCAAUUUCAAGUGUUUUAACAACGAAUUUACUAACACUAAACAUUUAACCGAUCAUUCGGUCUCCCAAUAUCACGAGUAUCGAAAAAAAACUAUUUUAUAAAAACAAAUAGCUCAAACACUCUCAAUUUCGUUUCAACCAAUGAUUCAAUCCCCCCCAUAUCCCGCAGCUCGAAAAAAAUCUAUUCUAUAGAAACAAAACAAAUAGCUCAAGUACUCUCGAUUUCGUUUCAACCAAUCAUUCAAUCUCCCCAUGUCCCGAGCACCGACAUAGGAACUACACUAUAA